AUGGUCGUCGCUGUGCUCGCCCUGCAGUUGCUCUGUGCCUGUCACGGGAGCGCUGGCCAUUACGGUGGUGGUUAUGGUGGCCACACGGUCGUUGUAAGGAGGGGUUACGGUGGCGGGUAUGGUGGUCAUGGCGGCAUAGGAGGUCUUGGCGUAUUCGGCGGCCAUGGCGGUUUCAGCGGGUAUGGUGGCUAUGGCGGUCUUUAUGGUGGUGGUUAUGGUGGCCUCGGAGGCUAUGGCGGUUAUGGCGUUGGAUAUGACGUUGACAUCCCUUCAGACACAAAUUCUUCCGUAGUUUGA